AUGGGAGCAUCAGUGUCUUCAUUUGUCACAUUGAGGCUACACCAGGGAGUUCUGGAAUGGGGUGGUCCAGCUUUCAUGAAAUCUUUUGCGGAGGACCCAUUUGUGAUUGGAAGAUUCAAAGAGGCUGCAAUACAGCGUCCUAGUAACUUAUUUGGAUCAAACUAUCAUGAAUCUCGUUUCCCACCACCGUCUUCACCUCCAACAUGUGACACUCCUGCAAACCAGCUGUCAGCAAUUGCCUUGAGACGGGUUAUAACUCGAGCCUGCAAUCCAAAGCAUGUGAAACGUUUUUGGACAGAUGAACUGAACAAACCAAGUUGGUGGCCAGGGGAAAUUCCAUUUCAGUCGCCCAACUGGGUGUCAGGUGACCAGCAGAGAUUAAAUGUAUUUCAACUGAGUGCAGUGUAUGAGGCAUAUACUGCACAUUCCAGAGUCUCAUCCGAUGCCGCACAAGGGCCUUCACCAAGCAGCCAAGCUGGCCCACCGCCAGAUUUCUCAGCGGGUGCAGGAACAUCAGCAGAUGCCUCUACCACUGCCAGGCAACCAGACAGCCCUUUGACGCCACCUGGUACAACAGCGGGAACUACUUCCGAUCAAAGGAAAGUUCUAAGAGACUUCCAGGUUCGCUGA